AUGGAGCCGCAAAUCUCUCCACCGGUAAUCGCCGGCUCACUCACGUUCAAGGUGCAUCGAAGGCAACCGGAGUUAGUUUCUCCGGCAAAGCCAACACCAAGAGAGCUCAAACUCCUCUCCGACAUCGACGACCAAGGAGGACUAAGAUUCCAUAUUCCCACAAUCUUUUUCUACAGACACAAUCCUAGUGCUUACUCCGAUCCGGUCGUAGUGAUUCGAAGAGCCCUCGCAGACACGCUGGUCUACUACUACCCUUUCGCGGGUCGGCUCCGAGAAGGACCGAACCGGAAACUAGCCGUGGACUAUACCGGCGAAGGUGUUUUGUUCAUAGAGGCAGAUGCUGACGUGGCGCUUCUUGAGUUUGAAGAGAAGGAUGCACUGCGGCCUCCAUUUCCUUGCUUUGAGGAGCUUCUGUAUGAUGUGGAAGGUUCCUGUGAGAUGCUCAACGCUCCUUUGUUUCGCAUUCAGUUCAAUCCCUUUGGGAGAAGGGAUAUUCUCAAAGAGACUAAAGACUAA